GUGAAAUGGCAGAAAAUGUGUAUGAAAAUGUUGCCGUAAUAGUUGGGGAAAACAAAGGUCUUCGAGAUGAUGAAGCCCCAAAGAGGAGGUCAAAGGUCACUGGGGGCAGGGUGGCUCUAGGGGUACUCAGUCUGCUGUUUUUGGCAGGUGUUGUUGCUCUCAUCAUGUAUUAUAACAGCCCAUUCAAAAAAGAUUCUGAAGCAACAACAGAAAUGACGGCUGUCGCAGUGAAUUUUACAGAAAUACAAACAACUCCAGCACAGACAACAGCAGCAGUUUCAACAUGCAGCAGUGUGGCCCAGUGUGAUGAGGACUGGGAACUUAAUGGUACACAGUGCUAUUAUUUCUCUAACAGAAGCCUCCAACUAACCUGGACCAGCAGCAAAGACAAGUGCCAGAGCAAAAGAGGAGACCUGAUCAAGAUAGAGAGCAGAGAGGAACAGGAAUUUCUGGAUGGUAGAGUUCGUCUGCUGAUGGAUGCCGAGGAUGAGAGAUUUUGGAUUGGACUGACAGACUCACAGACAGAAGGGGAAUGGCUGUGGACCGAUGGCUCUCCACUGAACCAGAGGUGA